AUGGCAGGACAGUCAAAAGUCGCUCCUCUCCCUCCGUGGGGCUAUGCUGUCGCCGGUUCCGCCGGUGCGGUGGUUGCCAACGCGCUCGUCUACCCGCUUGACAUCGUCAAGACGCGGCUCCAGGUACAGGUCAAGCAGACCAAGUCUGCCGAUAGUGCCAGCAACCCUGCCGACGGCCAGCACUACACCUCGACUUGGGACGCCAUUACGAAGAUCGUGAACGAUGACGGCCUCGCUGGACUGUAUAACGGCAUGCCAGGCUCUCUGCUCGGUGUCGCCUCCACCAACUUCGCCUACUUCUACUGGUACACGGUCGUGCGCACUCUAUAUCUUUCCAGCCAGAAGGUUCCCAAGACUCCCGGAACGGCCGUUGAACUUGGCUUGGGAGCCGUUGCCGGCGCGGUCGCACAAAUGUUUACCAUUCCUGUCGCCGUGGUCACGACGAGGCAGCAAACCCAGGCAAAGAAUGAGCGAAAGGGGUUAAUGGACACCGGACGUGAGAUCAUCGCGGGUGAGGAUGGAUGGACCGGCCUCUGGAGAGGACUGAAGGCCAGCUUGGUUCUGGUGGUGAACCCAGCCAUCACCUACGGAGCCUACCAGAGGCUGAGGGACGCUCUUUUCCCCGGAAAGGCCAACCUGAAACCCUGGGAGUCCUUCUUGCUCGGCUCUCUUUCUAAAAUGCUGGCUACCAUCGCAACCCAGCCACUGAUCGUUGCCAAGGUCGGCCUUCAGUCGAAGCCCCCACCGGCACGCCAAGGGAAGCCUUUCAAGACGUUUAUCGAAGUCAUGGCUUUCAUUGUUGAGCACGAAGGCCCGCUUGGCUUAUUCAAGGGCAUCGGGCCCCAGAUCCUCAAGGGGCUGCUGGUGCAGGGCUUCUUGAUGAUGACCAAAGAGCGCGUGGAGCUCAUGUUCAUUGUCCUUUUCCGCUAUGUCCGGAAGGUCCGCGAAGAGCAGCUGAAGAAGGCGGCGGCAAUGCUCGCCGAGAAAGCAGCCAAGGCGGCACCUCGGGUGUCGGAGCAGGUGAAGAAAGUUGCCCCUGUCACUAUGAAAUGA